AUGUAUCUACAUCUCUUGGGUAUCGUCGCAAGGCCGAGGAAAAUCUCGACUCCAUUACUUAGAGCAAAAAUUAGUGGUUACUUCGGCUCAAAAAAGGAUAUUUGGUUAUUCAAAUGUUUCCCCAAAAACAUUGAACCUGUCACCGCUAAGACCGAUGAAUUGAGAGCUGAAUCCGUUACAAUCAUGACUAUCUGCACCAAGUUGUUGUGUGCUAUUGAAACAAAAUUGGUGGCCUAUCACGGUGCUCCAACACUGCCUGCAGGUGCCUCAAUUAAGCACAAUAGCAUUACACAGGAGGGAGACGAGAACACUAGUGCGGAAACAUGUGAUGCGCCCAUUCAUGAAGCAGAACCGACCGAAAAUGGCAAACGGUCUAAAGAAAAUUGCGCCAAGGGUUGCUGUGGGUGCAUCACAGAUACUACCAUCAGCCCCGACCACGGAUGA